ACGGCCCUGUCGCCGCCUGACGCACAACGCUGCCGCCGCACAUGCACGACCGUGCCGAGAGCAAAGUAAAGCCAACGCCGCGGAUGCCACACUGUCUACGUCGACGCAGGGGAGCGGCGUACAUGGCACCUUGAACCCUUCAGCACCGCGACUAUGCCCUCAGUGCAGGCUGCACUUCGCCAAGGCCAAGUAAAGAGCUUUCGGGACCUCGGGUGGCCCAAGGGGACCCCAAUUGACUCCCAGCCAUCCGAAAAGAACUGCCAGCUUUGAAAGCAGAAGCAACGACCGAUAAGAGAUCAGACAGCCGCCCAGAUAAUCCUGACGCUGGGUAUUUUGCGGGUCUUUUCUUUCUGACCUCACUCUGCUCGCCAAACCUCACCUAUACUCCUUUCCGUGGGCGACUUGCAUGAUGACUUCGAGCUCUGCUGAUAGUAUUGCUGGCCAGGGCGCCAACCCCACCCGCCCUGCCGAGGCUCAGUCUACCUUUGCUGCCACGACCAUGUUCAAUGGUACCACUAUGCACGAGAAGGGCGGUGUCGCCCAGAACAUCAAGGGCAAGACGUUGCUUGGCGACGAGGUAGACAUAGAGAGCAAUCGGACCACAGGGAGGUACUCUUCCAAGGCUCAGCUCAUCGAUCAGGCCAUGCUGGGCGUCGGCAUGGGCUGGUACCAUUGGCGGCUGUUGAUUGUGACUGCCAUGGCGUGGUUCCUCGAUUACUUCUGGAUGAAGUCAUUUACCAUCAUUGCUCCCGCAGCAUCCAACGAAGCUCAAUUCUACUACACCUACAACCGUGAGGGGUACCUCUUUGUCUCCCAAUUCGCCGGUCUGGCUCUAGGCUCUCUAGUCUGGGCCAUCAUGGCCGACUAUUCUGGACGCUCCUGGAUCUUCACCUCGACCCUCGCCUUGGCAGGUGUCGGGGGUCUGGUCGGAGCCGGCAUGCCUGCCUACACCGGUCUUUGCAUCUUGGGCUUCAUCGUAGGAGCCGCCAUUGGCGGUAACCAAGCUGUUGAUGCCAUGCUUCUCAUUGAAUCGCUACCAGUGUCCCACCACUACCUGUUGGCGAUGCAAGGAGCCUUCUGGGCCAUCGGCAGCCUGGUCGCUAGUCUCAUCGGCUGGACAUUCACCGAGCAGUACACCUGCGGCACUUAUGCGACUGCUGCCGCCACCACCACCUCAGGCAGCGCUUCGGCAUCAUCGUCGACAGCUACAGCUACAGCCGCAGCCGGCCACACCCACACUGCCCGAGAUAUCGUGGAAGUCGCUGCUCGUCAAUUCUAUGACCUCGCUGCCGAGGGAAGCGAAGGCAUCUCUGCCUCUGGUAACUCGUCCUGUCACUACGUAUCCAACAAGGGCUGGCGCUAUAUUUGGUGGACAUUUGGGUGCAUCACCUUGUUCUUCUACCUCUUGCGCUUCCUGGUCCGCUUCUACGAGAGCCCCAAGUACCUGGCUGCCAAGGGACGAGACGCAGAAGCCGCUCAAGUCGUCAAGGACAUUGCUCUGGCCAACAAGUCUUCUACAUUCCUCGCAGAAUCUCACUUUGCUCAGGUCAACUCGCAGACCGAUGAACCAUCUCCUCGCGCCGUCAUUGUGCCUUCUCUCUCGGUACGAAUCGCUCCCUUGCUCUUCCUCUGGGCGAUCAUUGGUAUCACGUACCCCAUCUGGACCAACUACAUCGAGACUUACAUCUACUCCAAGGGUGUCCUUGAGGUGACGCCCACUACGGUCACUACCAACUACCUCUACAAGAGGUACGUCUACAUCGCUCUUGCUGGCAUUCCUGGACCCAUUGUUGCCGCCAUCAUGGCCGAGGUGCCUUUCCUGGGCCGCAAGUUCACCGGCCUGAUACUGUCUGCCCUCACCGGUAUCUUCAUGUUCGUCUCAGUCACAUCCCGCUCUGACGGUGCGUGGCUGGGCUGGUCUUGCGUUCUCUCCUUCCUUUACUUUGCACAGAUUGCUCUCCUGAUCCUCUUCACCGUCGAAUGCAUCCCAUCGCCAAUUCGCGGACACGGUCUGGGGCUCAAUCUCUUUGUGUGGCGCUUCUUUGGCAUGAUCGCUGCCAUUGUCACGACAUUUGCUGGUACGAAGAUCAGCGCAGGAGCUCCUGUCUACGUCUCUGGAGCCCUGUCCAUCGUAGCAGCCGGGGUGUGGGUCAUCACGCCGCGGGAGACCAGGGCUAAAGCCGCACAAUAAGGAGUCAAACGGGUCAUGGAGGAGAGACAGGAGUGUUGAUGGUUACAUUCAUCUACUGUUUGGGCAGGACUGGCCGACUUAGGGUGUUUUGCCCUUACCGACCGGCUUAUCUGGACGAGCAUCAUGAUUCAUAAUAUG